AUGUACAUCACACCUGUGCUUAUCGCCGAGGGACAGAGGGACGAUAGCUUAUCGCUAUUGGGUAUACCCUACGAAUCGUACGGCAGCUAUCUCUACUAUUUCCUCUUCUGCGAGGGCCGGGUGGACAUCUUCAAUUCGAUCGAAGAAUACAACAAGAAAUAUGGAAGCGUAUACGUGAGGUACAAGGAAUGGAAACUGGUCCGGCCUCUUAGCAGGAACGUCAUGACGGGAUCGAAACUGAGACUCAUGAGAGAUCAGUUCGAACGACCGGCGAACCUCCUCACAUCGAACUUGGAGGAACUUGCGGACACCAAUGAAGAGAUAUCCACGGCUCAUUACUCGCACGCUGCAGUCAUGAACCCAAUAGCAGCCGUGACCUUCAGCUUGGACAUCGAUGCGUUCGAUGAUCCGAAUAACAAAUUCCUCGAGAGCUUCACCGGCUUCUUCAACGGCAGCUUGGGAUUCAAUCUGAUUAUGGCAUUCCCGAGUAUUCUGAAAUACCUGCCUUUCGUCGAGUAUCCGCCGGAAGAAAUUGACAACUACUUCCACCAGUUCUCGAGAUCGCUGCUCGAAAAGCGUCGGGAGCAGAUCAGGAAUCCGGAAGAGUUGGACUUCCUCGAUUCCUGGCUGGAGAGUCAGAAAGCGAACCCAAAACUCAGAGACGACUUACUCAUCUCCCAAAUGACUAUUUCUUUGAACAUCUCGGAUCCCGACAACGUGACAUUCGAAGACUAUCACACGAUGAAAUAUCUCGGGGCUGCGAUGUGGGCAACCUUGAGGCUGUAUCCAAUGGACUUCGUCACCGACCGAGUGACGAGUGAGCCAUGUACGAUAGCCGGGGUUUCUCUAGACAAGGGUAUAACCAUUCACGUCCCGACGUGUACUGUCAAUAAGGAUCCGGAACGUUUCCACGAGCCGUCGUUAUCCAAGCCGAAGAGGUAUUUGGGGGGCGGCGAGAAGACUCAAGAAUCAUAA